GAACUGUCGUGUCGCAUGCUGCAGUUACCUUCUCUGCAAUCCACGUCUCUACCUGGUCUGUUUUGUGCCUCUACGGACGAGGCACCUGUAUUAUUAGUAGUAGCUUCAACAGCUUCUUGACCGCACUUUUUCGCCCGGACAGUCUCUCCCUCAUCGGCUACAACCUGCGACAAGCCCUGCACUGCGCAGACAAGCUGCUGACCUGCAACCUGCCAAAGGCUAACUUGGCAGCAAGCCCACCAUGGACUUCGCACCUUAUCAGUCCUCACCACCAGAGCACUCGCGGCCCUUCUCGCCAGCGCAGUCUCCUAGCCCCCGUGUAUCAUACGACCGUCAGCGAUCCGGCCUCAAAUCCCCCCCGCCCUUACAACACCCACAACCCCAGAGGCAGUGGGCCCCUACUUUGCCCGGUGGCUAUUCGCAAGUCGGCGCCGGAGCAGCAGGUUACGGAAACGAAGCCGGCUUUGGAGUCGAUGCCUUUGAUACGAGCUUGGGAGUCAGGCUGGACUAUGAGGCUGCUGUCAGCUAUUUGGCCCUCCCGCCACUUGGUGCAGUCAUACUGCUGAUAUUGGAAAGAAAGAGUGACUACGUCAGGUUCCAUGCUUGGCAAUCGAGUCUACUUUUCACGGCCAUUUUCAUCCUUCACCUCAUCUUUUCAUGGUCGACCUUCUUCAGCUGGGUCAUCUUCCUCGGGGACCUGGCACUUAUAGCAUUCAUGGCACUUAAAGCAUAUCGAGAUGCGGAUACUCUUGAUAGAUACGAAAUACCGAUAUUUGGUCAGUUGGCAAGUAAAUUCGUGGACGAUGAGUAGUGGCCAGUUUCGGCUCUGUACAAGUCCAACCUAAGACUAGUUGGUAGUGGCAUCAACGUCGUGAUUUAUGCGUCCCAUCUACUUACGUGUUGAUACAAUUAAUAUCCAAGUGUUCGAAGUCAGCACAUUGGUAAUGCUCAUAUCCAAAUCAUUCAAACUACAACCAAGGAAUUUAUCUUCAUGGGUCUUGUUCUUUGUGUAUCUUCAGGCAAAAUUUGAAACCCGAGGCGAUAGGUCUAUAGAGAGUCCCUGUCUACUGAGAUACAUCAGUACCCAUAUUCAAAAAGAUUACUGUCUGCUUGACAUGAGGCAGGCCGUGGGCAGACGGGACCUAGGAGUCGCUUUGCGUAAUUUGCGG